AUCCCAUACCACAACAGCCUAAAACCAAUUCAUUCAAGUUAUCCAAUCCAAACGGAUCUGUCGACCUCUAUACUUCCUAGAAAAGCCGAAGAAACUGAAAAGACGGUUUACACGACAUCAUCUUCUUCAUCCUCUGCUUCGUUCUUCCACCUGCUAUUUACAAAACCUUCACAUUUCUUCAGUCCCAAUCCGCCAUGGCAGCUCCAUCGGCACCUCUAAACCUGUGCACAGUGCUCAACGAAUCGAAGCGCAUAGUCAACGCCCACUCCCGCCACUUCUUAGCCCUCUCAGUCCUCUUCCUUCUCCCUCUCUGUUUCUCCUCCGUCGUCUACCCAACAGUCCAAAACCUCCUCAGCGAUCCAUCCCCAAACAACUCCAAGAUAUUCCUCCAAAUUUCUACUUUCAAUCCUCAUCAACACCAACCCAUAAUCGCCACCAAACCCCUUUGUAUCGCUCUAUCUUUCUUCCUCUUCAUCUUCGUGUUCUCUCUGUGUGCCGUGGGAUCGAUCACCUACAGCGCAUUUCACGGAUUCUAUGGCCGACCCGUCAAACUCAUCUCCGCAAUCAAAUCCGUUUUAUACUCCUUCUUCCCCUUAUUGGGUACUGUUCUUGUUUCCCAGAUCCUUGUCUUAUUGGUUUUCAUUGUUUUUGGGCUAGUGUUGUUUUUGGUGGUUCGAGGGGCUGAGCUGAUGGGUUUCCAGAUGGAGUACAAUUCCCCUUAUUUUAUUGGGUUUUUAGCUGUUCUUGCGAUGGUUCUGUUUCUGGUUUUGCUCUAUCUUCAAGUGAAUUGGACCCUAGCUUCUGUGGUGGUUGUGGUGGAAUCAAAUUGGGGGUUCGGAUCCUUAACUCGAAGCACGAAUCUGAUCAAGGGAAUGAGAGGGGUAGCCUUGUCUUUGAUGCUGUUUUUCGGGUUUUUCUUUUCGAUUUUGGGGUUCUGUAGUUGGGCUUCGGCAUUGGAUUUGGAUGGAGAUACUGAUGGUUGGAAGAGUUGGGCAUUUGUAGUGCAAAUUGUGGUGACUUCCACUUCUCUUAUGCUGCUAAUGCUCUACAACGCAGCGGCGAACACGGUGUUGUAUAUGUAUUGCAGGGCUCUUAACGGCGAGCUCGCCAUGGAAAUUGCAGAGGAGUUUGCGACGGAGUAUGUGAGCUUGCCCUUCGACGAUGGAAAAGUUCCUCAUCUUGUUUCUGUUGCCUAUACUUGAUCAUGAGUCUGAGGUCAGUCAGCUCUGUGAUGGCUCAUCAAACUGAGAAUGCUUGCACUCCUUUGUUAGUGUAGUUUUUUAGUUCAUCAGACUUUGUGUAAAGAAAAAAGGAAUAAAAAUCAAAGAUAUGUGAAAGAUGCAAAUUAGGGUGUGAAAAAUGUUAGUGGGUUUAGGUCAUCGGACUUGUAUGAAAUCAUGUUAAGUAUUUCAGUAUCUUAUUAUUUCAACGUUUUUA